UGCCGUCCGGCGCGUGCGCGACCUGACGGAAGAGACAGGGGUGGAUGCCGCGAUCGAAGCUGUGGAAUUCCCGCUACGUUCGAAAUCUGCCAGGACAUCGUCGCGCCCGGCGGCACGAUCGCCAAUGUCGGCGUGCAUGGUCACAAGGCCGAUCUGCACCUGGAGCGGCUCUGGUCCCACAAUAUCGCCAUCACCACACGGCUUGUCGACACGGUCAGCACACCAACCCUGCUGAAGGCCGUAACGGCGAAAACGCUUGA